AUGGCUACGCUCAACAGCCCUCUCAAUAAAACCCCGAUUGACGAUGCUACCAGAAGCGAGAUUAUCGAGAGCUUUUGGCCCGCAAACAGAUACACAAAACUCCGAUAUGACGAUUUGGACUGGGAGUCUUACUUUAGGUUCUACACCAAGCAAUGCCACGAUGCCUUGAUCGAUCAAGGUCGGCAUGUCCUGGCAAGAACCCACCAAGACAUUUUUGAUAUAGUGCGCCGAUUCGAAGACCUCACUCCUCGAGACGAAAUUAAAAAAGGCCUCAGAUCAAGGCUUAAUACGCCCCAUCGACACAACGAAGACGACAUAUUAGACCGCACGAUCGAUCUUGCAGCCCGAUUACAUCUCAUGGUCAACAUUGCUGUCGACAAACCUGUAAUUUCCGGCCAGGUGCAGCUAAGAUGGGUAUCUGGAAUACUUAAAGAACAUCUCAACCAUCAUUUUAGCGAGCCGCAGGUACUUGGAAAUGAUGGUAUCAAGCUAGAACAAAUGUUCACAGCGGUGAACCUAGAGCGCAUUGCGGGAAUUAGGAUAAAGCCCACGGAUAACUUGGCAGACCACCUGCGGAUGAUUGAUAAAGAGGACAAGGUUGUUGCGAUAUUCCACCAUACUGCAUUCCUGAGGCGGCAGACUAGUUGCUUGUAUCCGGAUGGUCUCCGGGAAGAGACACUGCGGACAUUGUCGCUUCUCUUCCCUCGACACGAUGAACAAACUCGGAAGUGGUUAAGGAGACACCCCGAAUCAUAUCGGAUUGACAUGGCACUUCUGAAAUGUGACCCGAUGCGACUCGACCAUCGACAAAUUGAGAAAUUCCACUUCUGGCACGACCGCCUGAUUAUCUUGAAGCAGGCUUUCGACCAGUCUCGACCUGCAACAAUAUCUCAGUGGUGGUGGGAUCGACGGAAUGGUGUCCAAUGGUAUACCUUCUGGGUCGCUAUUGUUGUUCUUUUCUUGACCAUCUUCUUUGGCAUGGUGCAGAGCGUUGAAGGGGCAUUGCAGGUCUACAAGGCGUUUCAUCCGUCGUAG